UCGGCGUCCAAACGGUAAAAGAAGCCCAAAAGGGCAACGACCAGGGUUUUAGAGCCCAAACCCACUCCAGCCAUGGCGACGGCGGCUGGCGGCGCGCGGCGAGCUCUCGCGGGGCUGCGCUCCGCUUCUCCAUCUACUCUCUCCAGGGCGUUUUCCAGGCCGGCAGUUGCCCAGUCCCCGGAGCUGGGGGCCUCCGCUCUGCCGCGCGCCCCGCGCCGGCGCCUCGCGAUCUCGAGGGUGCCGGUGGCGGCUCUAGGCGGCGUGCAGGGGCUGAUGCCGCUGCACAGCGCGACGGCAUCAGCGCUGCUCACCUCCAUGCUCGGUCUUAAGCCCGGGUCUUGGGGCUGGCUCUCCGAAGGUUUUGCAACACCUCUAUAACAAGAAUGGUGGGUCACCAUACAAGAGCCUUCAGUUUAGCCUUCCCCUGGCAGAUUCCAAUAACACUAGCUACAUGCCUUGUGGACUAUACCAUUUGAUUUUAGCUGAUGCAAUCUGUAGUUCCACUGCUUAAAACUUUUGAUGACAUCCUGUGCCAGUCAUCUUAUUGCCCUGUGACGAUAUUCAUGGCAAAUUUGAAGUAACCUUAUUUUGA